AUGCCGCAGUAUUCUUAUAACUCAAACCGCCUCAAGGUUCAAUUGAAAUUGACCAUUAACAGACUCAAGUUAUCACAACAGAAAAAGAACAGCAUUAAUAAGCAUGCGAGGAGGGAAAUAGCGACUCUAUUGGAGAAUGGAAAAGAGGAGAGCGCUAGGAUUCGGGUUGAGGGUAUAAUUCGAGAAGAUCUUUACAUCGAAGCGAUGGAGCUUCUCGAGCUUUAUUGCGAACUUCUUUUGGCUCGCUUCGGGUUGAUCGAUCAGAACAGUCGUACCUGUGAUCCAGCUAUAAUUGAAGCUGUUAGCACCUUGAUAUACGGCGCACCGAGAAUGGAGAUUGUUGAAUUACAACGUGUUCGAGAACAACUAAUUACUCGAUUUGGUAAAGAAUUCCUUGACAAUAUCACCCAACAUAAAUUGCACGUGAACGAAAGGGUGGUAGUAAAAUUGGAGGCCAAAGCUCCGGAUUCGUAUCUCGUAAACAGAUAUCUAGAAGAGAUUGCGAAAUCUUACAAUGUCAACUGGGUGCUUAAUAUCGAAUCUGAAUCACUUAUUACGUAUGAUCUGUUAAUUGGGGGAAAUAACUCAUCCAACGGAAAUACCGAGUCAGAAACAUAUACAGCACUUCCAGAUCUCCAAGCCUUUUUCAUGGACAGCCUCAAAUCAAAUGGUUCUUCUACCUCGAAACCGCUUGACUCUACGCCUAAACCUUCCGUAUCUCUUCCAGAGACACCGUCCAAACGCCCUGAUUCCAAUUCCAUUGACAAGUCAUUAUCAAAUCUUUUUCCUGAUGAUUCUAACGCAACACCACCUCCUUACGAAGAACACAAAAAUGAUGUAGAAAUUGAAACAAAGAAAGCAGAGGAGGAUACCGUGAGCAAGAAGAAGGAGAGUAACACCAAAGAUGAUUUACCUGAUUUUGACGAGUUGGCGAGGAGAUUUGAAGCGUUGAAGAAGAAAUAG